AUGGCCAACCUGCUGAGAUCGUGGAUGAUGCUCGCAGCGCUCGUCGUCUGCCUGCUGGUGUGUUUGAGCAGCUUUGCGGACGCCUAUCCUCCCAAACCGGAGAGCCCGGGGAGCAACGCCUCACCGGAGGAGUGGGCCAAAUACCACGCAGCUGUCAGGCAUUAUGUCAACCUCAUCACCAGGCAGAGGUAUGGAAAGAGGUCGACCCCCGAGCAGGCGAUGGCGUGGUUGCUGUUUGGGGCUGAUUCGAGCCAAGACACUGAACCACGCUCAGACUACAGUGAUCAGUGGUAAAUGAGCCCACUGUUACCCUUACCCACAUUUCCCCCUAUCCUUUGAUCUACCAACAAUCAAAAAAACAGUCAUUCGUCAACCUGCACUGGACUUUGUGACUCUCCAUAUGUAAUUAUUUAU